AUGUACAAACCACAAUUGCCCUCAAUUAAGACACAUCAAACGAUAACCAUGGCGAAUUUAAAGAUAAUUUAUACGGCAAUUUUCUAUAUUAUUAUAUCCACUAGUACGUCUGUUAUAUUGUUUGAGUUAGCGCCGAACUAUGCUUUAACGUACGACGAUUAUGCCAAUUUAUGUGCUCCAACCAUUUCGUGUGAUUCAAGUAUUAAAUACCGGAGUAUUAAUGGAUCAUGCAACAAUUUAAAAACUCCGUGGCUUGGUGCAUCUAUAACUCCACAUUUACGAAUACUCGAUGCUUAUUACGACGAUGGGGAGUACCAAUUCCGUAGACAAACAAAUGGCAAUCCAUUGCCUAACGCAAGAUACAUUCAACUUAAACUGUUUCUCGACAAACAGUUUCUGUACCCAAAUGACCAUAACAUCCUUUUUAUGGAAUGGGGUCAAUUCAUUGCACACGACACAACUCAUCUACCACCUGACGUUUCAGUUGGUGCCAAUUGUUGCGAUUUGCAAAAAAUCAAUCCAGUACCUCCACAAUGUCAAGCGGUCAUUGAAGUACCGGAUAAUGAUCCGAUUUAUUCAAAACUCGGACAAACGUGCAUCAAUUUUAACCGCGCGCGGACGUCUAUUUCCGACAACUGUCAAUUAAAACCUGCAACAUUUAUGGUCCAGGCGACGCAUUUCAUCGACGGAUCCCAAAUAUACGGUCCCGUAGAAGAACUCGCUGCAAACUUGCGGUCGUUCAAAGACGGUCGAUUAAAAUCGGAAUUUUUCGUGGAUCGACAAGAAUUUUGUCCACAAAGGAAUCGAACAUCAUUGCAAUGUGACACGUCGAAAAAUUCAUUAAUUUGUUAUUUUGCGGGCGACGUUCGAGUAAAUCAAAACCUAGGAAUAGCUCUUUUUCAAAACAUUUUUUUAAGAUUUCACAAUAUUGUUGCAUAUGAAUUGUUUCGUUUCAAUCCGUCAUGGUGUGAUGAAGACAUUUACCAAGAAACGCGUAAAAUCGUAAUCGCCGUCAUUCAGCACAUUACUUACACUCAUUAUCUACCAAUUUUAUUAGGAGAAAAUUUUAUGUAUUUACACGGAUUCUUUGAACAGACAGUAUACGACGAAACCGUAAAUCCAAGUACCACUAUAGAGCAUUCUACUGGUGCAUUCCGAAUACUCCACAAGCAAAUUCCUCCUGUCUUAAAUAUUAUUGAUGAAAACCACUUCAACAUCCACCGUAUUCUGCUCACUGACUGGAUGAACAAGCCCGAUCUUCUGCCAUUACCAAAUCAUUUUGAUGGACUACUACGUGGAUUUCAAGAGAUACCUACUCGUGAAGAACAACCAUCUUAUAACACAUGGGUUUCAAAUUUCUUAUUCCAACAAACUACGCCGAAAUUCAGUAGCAAUGAUUUGCUCUCGGCGGAUAUACAAAGAGGUCGUGAUACCGGGAUGCCGCCAUAUAAUAAAAUUAGAUCGAUUUGUGGAAUCCCGGAAGCUACAGAGUUUGACGAUCUAAUUGAUUUAAUCGCUUACGAGGACAUCCAAAAAUUGAAAACCCUCUACUCAAGUGUAGACGACAUCGAUUUUAUCGUUGGUGCAAUACUAGAAAUGCCCGCUGAAGGUUCUAAAGUCGGUCCCACUUCUCAGUGCAUAAUAGCUGACAAUUUUUAUCGUCAAAAGAUUGGUGAUCGUUUUUUUUACGAUGUACGAGAACAACCUGGAAGCUUUACGCCGGAACAAUUACAUACAUUGAAAAAUGUAAAUUUCGGCAGUGUAAUAUGUGCGACGUCUAAUCUACGAUAUUUACCCGAAGACAUAUUUAUGCCGUUCGACAGCAAAUAUAAUACAAGACAAAUCGAUUGUACCGCUUUUACGCUAAAUCUGAACGCGUGGAAGGAUAUUUAUUUUAGUGAUUAG